AUGGGAAUGUGUUUCGAUUGGGAAAAGGCUCUUGAUGCUAUAAAUGCAUUUAGGAAAGAACUUGUGAAUAGGAGAGUUCGAUCCGAGAACGCGAAUUUUUCAAAGGGUAGAGAGAUGUAUAAAAUGAGAUGGAAUUGUUCAUUAGAGAAAAUGGCUCGUAAAAAAGUUUCUGAAUGCAAAUUUGGUUCAGAAUAUAACGAUGACAUUGGAGAAACUAUUCACACUUCACUUGAGCCUGCAAUUUCAAAUAAACCCCUUGAGGAUGCAUUAAAAAAUUGGUUAAAAAGUGUAGAGAACUACGAUGGCGACAGCCUGUCAGUUUGCGAAUUUACAAAUUCAUUUUAUGAUUUUGCACAGAUUGCAUCAGGAUCAACUACAAAUAUAGGUUGUGCUACAAGUAUUUGCAUAUUUCAGCAGGAUUAUGAGGUUGAUGACGUAGUGAAAGAAAGAAAAGUUCAAUUCACCGUUCGUAAAUUCUGGCCGAAGCAAUUUUUCUUCCUUCAGAGAUGGAACUGUUCUUUAGAAGAAAUGGCUUGGAAAAAAGUUUCUAAAUGUAGCUAUGGUUCAUCAGACGAUGAAGAAGAUGAAGUCGGAGAAGCUAUCUACAUUCUAUUUCGACCUUCAGGCGGCGAUUUUAAACCCUUAGAUGAACCUGUAAAGGAAGCACUAAAAGAUUGGGUAAAAAGAGUACAAAACGGCUUCGAGGAUAAUAAUGUGUCAAUCUGUGAAUUUCUCGAUAUAUAUGACACAUUCAUACAGGUUGGUAAAUGUGCCAAACACGGUUCAUUUAGUAAUAACGAUAAACUCUGUGAAUUCGAUUAUCCUGGCAAUGGUUCAUCAGAAGAGAAAGACGUCGAAGAAGCUAUCCACGUACCUUCAGGCGGCGAUUUUAGACGUAACUUCCGAAAAAAGAUUGUAGAAAAAUCAGAAAAGAAAUGA